UGAGACCCGCCCCUCGUUACGGUCCUCGCCAUUUUUUACAGGUAUUAAGGUAUUGUGACAGAGGAACCGUAACCGGUUAUGUGGUAGCAGAGGGGCGCUGUCUUGACCACUACACAGAAAACCUUGUCCUGACCCUCAGCCAUGGGGCGUGGACAGCUCUGUCUCUUGUUCCUGGUCUUGUGUAUGAUUUUGAUUUCUCUGGGACUUAUUCUAACCAGUAUUGUCACAGACUAUUGGUACACAGUUAAAAAUGACAAUUCUAAUACAACAGUGGCUAAUACUUUUUCGUAUAGUUUCGGAAUGUGGCGAAAAUGUUACUCAAAGGAGGUACCCAAGGACGUGCCUUAUGAGAGACGUGUAAACAAAUGUGCCUACACUUACCAGGACUUGAUCCCUAGGGUGAUGCCAAAGAAAGCGGAGGAUGAGCGCUACCUUCACAUGGAGCGCGCCUGGGUGGGCUGUGCGGUAGCCUCUGCGGGGAUCCAGAUUUUUGCCAUUUUGACCAUGAUAUGUGGUCUGUGGCCAGCUAAGUGUAACGAUGCCAAGCGAUCGACCCUCUAUCUUGCAGCAUCAAUUUUGUGCCUCAUAGCAGGUAUGUGUGGUAUAGCCAGCGGUAUCUGCUUCAUCGCCCUACGUGAUAUGGAUUCUACCUCACGUGACAUCUAUCCCAAUAACACCACUGUACAGUACAAUUUCUCCUUCAUGUUAGAGUGGGCAGCCAAUUCUUUAUGCAUUCUAGAAGGAUUUGUCUUUCUAUGUCUUCUUAAGAUGGACUACAACGACAUUACUGAAACCGGCAAAUACAAUUCUUUCAUGUGAUGUAACAUCUACAUUCACUGCACAGGUACUUGUUUCGGUGAUAAAUUUUUUAACCCAUAGUAUAAUAAUAACAUUAUACUAUGGGUUAAAAAAAUUAUUUCCAAAACAAAUGCAUGUGAUUCACUGCCACUUUAAAACAAGAGAGGUUUUUUUCCUAAUCACAAAACUCUGAUAGAGUUACAAAGACGUCCAUGGUUAUAUGUCAUAAUAUCUUGUAUCAAUGCUUUGCAAGGGUAAACAAUGAUAUUUUUAUUACUAUAUUAUCUAAGUGUGUGAAAAGAGUGGUUUAUGUGAUUUUAAUACUCAUUAAUCAAAUUCUGACACAAAGGAAUCUUUAUGCAAUACCAAGUAUUUAAGUGAUUUUUUGGAGAGACUAAAGACUACUUAAUCAUGCUGAAGAAAUUGUCACAGAUAUACAUUGAAAAUUUUGUUUUACAUGUAAGUUUUAAUUUUUUGUAUAAUGGUUUUUCAUACAUAUAUGAAUUCUGAGCAAUAAAUUUGUACAAACUAAAACUUAUUAAAAA